UGCGACUAGACGUUGUGAGCACCGCGCGCCCGACGGACGCAUGCACGGAUAGGGUAAUUUAUACGAGGGCGAUUCCUGCGACUUACACAUUGCAGAGAUCGACAAGCAACAAUUCCACGACGGUAGCGACGGCGGUAGGCAAAAGCGAUUUGGUAUUUUUGUUGAAGAACUGGAAGGCGAAAUAAGGCGCGUGUACUGUCUGCUACUACUGGGGGAGGGGCUUUUUUUUUGAGGGUUCGGGGCGCCGGGAUAGGUACGGACGGGGCGCACGACACGAAACGAAACGACGCGGAUUGAGAGGGAGGGAAAGCGAAUGCGAAUCCGAAGCCGAAGCCACGAUACUAGCUACCUGCCUCUUAGAGGGUCGAAGCGCGAAUCCGAGAUAACCCGCCAGGGAAGCGAAUCCGAAGCUGCGCGGGCCUUUGUGAGUGCGAAAGGGGGCAUACAUACAUACGUGCGCGAAGGGGACUGGGGCUGCUACUGACUGGGUUGAAUUGCGGCUGCCUGCCGAUCUCUGUGUUAUACGCGGAAGGAACGAGAUACGAAGGGAGGGCGUGCGCGCGUCAGAGGUGUGUGACAUGGCUGAUGCGGUGCCAGUGAUUCGGGUUCUAGAUGGACGGGGAGAGGAGGGCGGGGGGGGAAGCGUGAAGGGCGGCGUGGGGGGGGCGAGUAGUGGGAGUGAAGGCAACGCGGCGUCUCGAAAGUCGCCAAGCAUCGGCAGCAAGGCCAUGAGAAGCCCGACUAUACGCUCGGGGAAUACGAAGAGCGCGGCUGCUGGGGGGAAGACGUCGUCUGCGGCUAUUGAUCCGCUGUCACACCAUAUCCUCAAGCGCACGAACACCGAGAACACGAUCCCGCAUCGCAUGCGCACCGCGAACGUGGCGGAUAGCCCGAAGAACGAGGUUGUGACGCCGGCGAGCGAGACGGGUGCUGGGGGCGGCACGGCAAGGAGCGCUGCGACGGAGGGGUCGAGGGAGGAAGGCGCGCCGCAGAGGGAGAAGAAAAAAGUCUCAUUCCUCAGCCGCUUCAGCAUCGGCAAGAAGAAAGGCAUGGACGCGGACGCGGACGACGACGACGACGACGAGAGCGAGCAGGGCGAUCUCCGCACCGAGGGUAUGAACGCCCAGGCGUAUGCGGGUGCUGCGCGCUCGGCGAGCGGGUUCAUGCCGCAGCAUAAGGAACCACCGAGGUAUAUUAAGGUUAGGGCGAGGUAUAAGAGGGAGAGGGAGUUUAAUCGGAUGUUCCUGGCGCAGGAGUUGUGUGGAACGAAGAACCCGGUGGCGGCGGGGGAGGAGAAGGAGAAGACGGUUCCUGAUGUGCCUCCUGGGUCACGCCCGACGUCACGCGAGCAGCAUGGUGGCGCGGUGUGGACUACUGAGUUUAGUCUUGAUGGCAAGUAUCUCGCCGCCGCUGGCCAAGACACCGUCGUGCGAGUGUGGUCUGUGAUCGCAACAGCCGGUGAGCGCGCCGCGCACGAAGCCGAAGAGGAACAAAGCGAAGGCCACGGCGCCCCCCUCAGCGCGCCGGUCUUCCGCAGCAAGCCCGUCCGCGAAUUCGAGGGCCACGGCGCCACAGUCCUCGACCUAAGCUGGAGCAAGAACAACUUCCUCCUCUCCUCGUCUAUGGACAAGACCGUGCGUCUCUGGCACGUCAGCCGCGCCGAAUGCCUCUGCACCUUCAAGCACCGCGACUUCGUAACCAGCAUCGCCUUCCACCCGCGCGACGACCGCUUCUUCCUCGCCGGCUCCCUCGACUCCGUACUCCGCCUGUGGAGCAUCCCCGACAAAGCCGUCGCCUUCUGGAACCAGCUCCCCGACCUCAUCACCGCCGUCGCCUUCACCCCCGACGGCCGCACCGCCAUGGCCGGCGUCCUCUCCGGUCUCUGCCUCUUCUACGAAACCGAGGGCCUAAAAUACCAUACCCAGAUCCACGUGCGCUCCUCCCGCGGCCGCAACGCCAAGGGCUCCAAAAUCACCGGCAUUCGCACAGCCACCACCCCAGACGGCGACGUCCAGAUCCUCGUCUCCUCCAACGACAGCCGCGUGCGCCUGUACGCCCUGCGCGAUAAAUCCCUCGCCGCCAAGUUCCGCGGCCACGUCAACGCCGUCUCCCAGAUCCGCGCCUCCUUCUCCGACGACGGCCGCUACGUCAUCUGCGCCUCCGAGGACCGCCGCACGUACAUCUGGAGCACCGGCGCUGGCGAGGAGGGGGCGCGCGCCCCGGUCGAGUUCUUCGCUAGUCAUGCGGGGGCGGUGACGACGAGCGUGCUGGCGCCGGCGGGGACGAGGGCGUUGUUGGCUAUGAGUGGGGAUCCGGUGUAUGAUAUUUGCGAUCCGCCGCCUGUGACGCUGAGGAGUCGGGCAGAGGGGACGAGGAGGCCGACGGGGCCGGGGGGGAGGCAUAGUGCGCAUAAGGAGGGGAAUAUUGUUAUUACUGCCGACUUGGGCGGGGGGAUCAAGGUGUUCCGCCAGGAUUGCGCGGGGGGGAAGCGCCGCGCGGAGGUGUGGGAGACGGGGAGUAUGCUCUCCUCGCGCCGUCGCGGUAGGGGGCACAUAGGGAGGAAAUCAACGGAGAGUGGAACUGGGCUGCGUGUGCGGACUGGGACGGGGUUGACGGAGGAGAGGGAGCAGUCGGAGGAGAUCAUGCAGUGGGCGAGUGAGAUCCAGACGCCUGCUUCGUCGGAGGCGGAUGGGCUGGGGAGUAUUAGGAGUAUGCGGACUGCGACGACGGGGACGGGGACGACGGUUGGGGCGGAUACGCCGAGUGUGCGGAGUGAACGGAGUGUUAGUCCCGGGGUUGUGAGGAGGGAGAGGGCGGGGCCGGGGGCCAGUUUGGCGCCGGGGAGGAACACGGAACCUGCGCCGGGGGGGCUGUUGCCGACGCCGAGCUUUAGUUUGAAGCUUGCGAGGGGGGGUGGGAGUGGCGGUGGUGGGGGAGGGGGAGGGUGGUGGAAGAGCGAUAGGGGGAGUGAGGGGUCGAAGGGUUAA